AUGUUGAUAGUGUAUGUUGAUGACAUUGUUGUGACAGGUGAUGAUAUUACAAUUGCAAGAUCAAAGAAGGGAAUUUUUCUGUCACAAAGGAAAUAUAUACUUGACUUGCUUCAUGAAGUUGGGAAAUUAGGGUGUAAACCUAUAGAAACUCCAAUUGAUCCCAACCACAAGUUGAGUGCUACUAAAGGAGAAGCUCUUCUAGACAAAGGGGUAUAUCAGAGAUUGGUAGUUAAUAACCAGAUGCAUGAACCUAGACCUCUCAUAUGCAUGAACCUAGCCUAUUUGAAAGGAUGCCCUAGUAAAGGGAUGUUCUAUUCUAACCAUAACCAUCUAAAGAUUGAGGCUUACACAGAUGCAGAUUGGGCAGGGUCCAUUGCUGAUAGAAGAUCAACAUUUGGUUAUUGUGCAUUAGUCGGAGGCAAUGUGGUUUUAUGGAUAAGUAAGAAACAAUCUGUGGUUGUAGGGUAA